GCCACGUGAACAGCGGGAUCCUCGUUCCGGAGUCCAGCCUAAAUAGGAACAAACCAUUCCUCACCGAGAACAUUCAGUAAAGGUUAUAGGCGGCCUUAGUCUCACAACCUCUACCCCCACCGCUUCAGCAAUCUUCCUUGCGCUUUCCGGUCCCCAGUGCCCCUCUCCGACGGGACAGCCCUUUACACCUCUCGCGAGACCGAGAGCGCGCGCUUCUAGUUGCCAGGGCAACAGCGUUCUUCGAGGCAGCGGGCUUGGGACCGCGGCGUCUUUCAUCUCCACAGAGGUGGUGGUGGCGGGAAAGACCCGUCCCCUUCGAGGGGAAGUGGAUGACGCUUGGAUGUCAGCGGCGCCAGUUAGUGCCUAGGCGUCUAGCCUUCGUCCCCAACGGGAAGGAUGUCAAUGGAUAUUAUAAAAGGAAACCUAGAUGGAAUUUCAAAACCAGCCUCAAGUUCACGAUCACGUUCUGGCAGCAGAAGUUCCAAUGCGUCUCUGGAGGUGCUCUCGCCAGAACCAGGGGCCUUCAAGAUUGACAUGGCCAACAAGUUGAAUUCUAAUAAGGAGGGCCGCUCAUCCAGUAGUAGUGUGGAAGGAAGAAGAAAUAGUCAUGACUGUAAGUGGGCAGACGACUCUGAGCGCACAGACCCAGCCAGAGAGGGCUCAGAUGAAGACCUGGACUUGGCUCAACCGAUGGUCCCCGAGCCUUCAGGUGAUCCCAAGCUGGAAGAGCCAGAUGCUCAGCUCCUAAACGCUAUUCGUAAGAUGCACAGACUCGAUAAGAUACUGGCCAAAAGACAAAGCAGAGAGAAGGAAGUUAAAAAGCAAGGUGCAGAAAUGAGGAUUAAGCUGUGGGAAGAACUCAAGAUAAGAACUUCUGCAAAAAGUACUGAAGACUUGGAAAAUGAUGAGGAGUUGGAAAACACGAAAAAGUUUUUGUGUUUGACUUCGGAAUCUGCAGGAACAGCUGAGCCCUCGCACUGUGAGUUUGAAGACGACUUUUUCUCAGUGUUUCAUACUCAGAUUUCUCCAGAAAAUUAUGAAAAUUGCAUGCAGAAUAUGAAGACAGAUUUUACCUGUGAUGUGCCAUUGAUUAAAACAGAAAAGAAACUCUUCCCAAGUACAGAAAAGAUUGAGCUUAGGAGUAAACUCAGCCAAGAUUUUAUUAAGCGAAACAUUGAGUUGGCCAAGAGCCCCAGAAGCCCGGUGGUUAUGAUCGACAGAGAGAAGAAAAGGCUGGACGAGCUCCUUAAAGGCCUAGACGACACAGACUCGGGCCUGUCCAGUUCUGAGGGUGACCAGUGUGGUUGGCUGGUCCCGGGAGAAGGCUACACCCUUGCAGCCACCGAGUCUCAGAAGCUUGCUCAGAUUGACACGAAACUUCAGGAAUUUUCUGUGCUCUCACCAACGGUCUUCAGUCUUUCUCCAAGACUCGAGAGUCAGAACAAUAAGGAACCUGACCUGGAUGAAGAAGGAAAUAUGGAGCCAGCUCCAGGAGAAAAGAUACUCCGGGACAACAAAGAGCAAAGGGACCAGCGGUCUCGACUGAGAGCCAUUGAUGGGAAGCUGAGAGAGAUCAAUGAACAGCUAAACUCCACACGUCUCUCCGAGGAGCAGCUGAAGUGUCUUCUGGAGGAGUGUGUAUCCCAACAGAAAUGCGUCCCUCUUGCCCUUUCUUCUGGAGGGGAAAACAAAGACGUUGACGCAGCCCUUGAGCCCUCCCAGUUUUGCCCAUCCACCCCCUGCGGAUUACCAGAUGAGUCCAAAGUCGAGGUCCAGAAAUCCCUGCUAGAUGAUGCAAACAGGCUUGAGGACGAGGGGUGUGGACCUGCCGUGGGCUCCUAUCUCACCAGAGCCUUGGCUGGGCACUACAAAGCAGAAGCUCUCAUGGCAGACAUGGAGACCAUGAAAGAGCUCCAGUUCACUAAGGAGGAGGCUUUCAGCGAUGCAACGGACUAUUUUAUGUCAAAGACCGUUGGCAUUGGGAGACUGAAAAAGCCCCCUUUCUUGGAGGAUGCCCUGGAUGCCAUCGAUGUGGAGUCCUCUUCAGAAGACCAGCAGCCAAAGCCUCAUCCAGAGGAGCCAGCAUCAGCAGCAGAUACACAGGAGCCUGGAGAUGCUGUGGAUGAACCAGAAAAACGGGAAGCAUGACUUUCUGGGGUUUAAGCCUAAGAAAGUUGGAAAUGAAGUGGCGUUAUCUAUUUUUUUCCUGAAUCCUUUGUAAUAGUGAAUGUGUCAUAGAGACUAUUCCCCAAAUGAUCUCAACGUUUGAAUUCCCUUCUUUGCUGAUUACAUUCUUUUGAUAGUUUUGAAACUUGGGGUGUAAAUGUUUGCUGGUUUUUAUUCAUUGAAAUUCCUGGGAAAAUUGUUUACAAAUGUAUCGCUAAUGUUACGAUCUCAAGGAUACUCUAUAAGAACCAACAUUGUGGCAGGGCGGUGGUGGCGCAAGCCUUUAAUCCCAGCACUCGGGAGGCAGAGGCAGGCGGAUCUCUGGGAGUUUGAAGCCAGCCUGGUCUACAAGAGCUAGUUCCGGGACGGGCACCAAAGCUACAGAGAAACCCUGUCUCGAAAAAACAAAACAAAAACAAAAAAACAAAACAAAACAAAAAAAGAACCAACAUUGUAACAUAUACGCAGGUGGUGUGAAGUCUAGUGGACACUAGUUUAUUGCUCUCUGUUUCAUUCUGUUGGGGGCAGUGCAGGGGAUGGAAUUCAGGGCCUUGUGCAUCUGGAUGCAAACGUUUUGUUACUAAACUGUAUCUCCAGCCCACUGUGUUGGGCUUAUGUGUUUCCACUCUUUAUGAUUCAGGUGGAUUGUGGCCACAGUGGCUUUUUGUUCUGCCUCAUUUUUCCUUCUCUGUGCCCGUCUGAUUGUUUGUCCACAAGUACAGCUUGCCUUGGGAAGAAAUGAAUUCCCAUAACAAAGGAAAGUUGCUGAGUCUGUUCUAGUUAGCGACAAUACCUUUCUUUCCUUUUCUUUUUUAAAAUACAUUUGAAAAAUGAUUCAUUUUUAGUUUAUGUACAUUGGUAUUUUGCCUGCGUGUAUGUUUGUAUGAGGGCAUUGGGUCCCCUGGAACUGGAGUUACAGACAGGUGUGAGCUGCCAUGUGGGUGCUUGGGAGUGAACCUGGGUUCUCUGGGAGAGUAGCCAGCGCUCUUAGCCGCUGAGCCAGAUGAUACCUUUCUUAAGUUGCAGCGUGAUGGAUUUUUUAUUACUCUCAGUUUGUUACAUUCUUCUGGAGGGUGGGCCUUUUAGCAUGCAGGACAUAAAGGUGGGCCUUAUUAAAAGAAAGUCUGUAGCACCAUUUCAAGAGAGAAUGUUUGUCCAGUUCUGGGUCAGUAAUCCGAUCUCAUGAGAAGCUUUUAUGGCCACGUGUGUAUGUUGGGUUGACCUCAUAGAUGUAAGACUAGUUCAUUCCUAAUUCAUAAUAAGCUUAUCGCAGCCCAGACGUAGUUUGGAUUACUGCAUGGACAGCAUUAUUUGCUUUUGUCCCCUUUGUUUGCUGUCCCUGCUUGACUUCAAUGAUUGCUUAUGUAUCUUCCUGACUUGCUGAGGUGAAGAAUCCUAUAGCUAUUCAAGGGCAUGAACAUUCCUAUGGCUGUCUUUGUCCUGUCUUCCCGUUUCAGUUUCCUGUUGGUUCAUUUCUGUCGAUUUUGAGGUACAGGGGACUGAACCCAGGGCCUUGCACACACUAGCCAAGAAGCACUCUCCCACAGAGGCACACCCUAGCCUA